AUGGCAAAUGACCUUUGCGGUGAUAAGGUUCGAGAUAAGGAAUUUUGUUGGAAAACAUGUGGUGGAAACCUGAAUGAAGAGCCAGAACCGGAAAUACCCAAAAAUAUUAAAUGGGUCUACACACCCUCUUAUUCCAUUAAUAUUACAUGGGAUGGCGAUGGAACAUUGUAUUUGUUGGAAAUGACGAAUAAAUCUGAAGAUAAUGAGUAUGGGCAGUAUUUUCUUACAACUACAACAUCGUUGCUUAAUUACACAAAACUUGAAACAAAUUUUUGUAAUCCAUUGCUAUUUCGACUUGCAUCAGUGACAAGUGGAGGAGUAAGCAAUUUUAGUGACGUGCUGGAGAUUCCUGCGACAUCACCUGAUAUUGUGCAGAAUUUAACCGUUCAAUCUAUGGAGUAUAUCGUAAGUGAAGCUUCUUCAUCCUCUAUAGCAACAAAUUUGCUAAUGUUGAGACUUUAUAAUCAGUCAUUCAGCAAAAGUGGUUAUCAUUCCAACGGAACCAUCAAAUUAGUUCUACAGUAUGCGGCACCAAAAUACAAUUGGCCGUUAGGUGAAAAUGAUAUAAAGGUAGAUUUACUCUUCCAUAUGGUAAGCUGCAAUGUUCCCGAUUUAUCAAAAGCAGUACCAGCACCAGAAUUCGAGGCAAGUAAGGAGCCACGAACUAUGGUUGCUGAAGUUGGUGCUGAUUUGAUGUAUCGUAAAUGUCAAUUCUUAUAUUACGUUAGUGGAGUUCAAAGUUAUCGUUGUGGUACUACAAAAACAAAUAAUGAUUUCAACCAAAAUUCGAUGAAACCAUUAAAAAUAAAUUGUGCUACCGUACGAAACAGUCCAUGUAACGAUAGCCCAUUGAUACAUCAUCCACCAAUGUGCGGUCAAGUGGAAGGAUUCAGUUAUCAGAUUCUUAACGAUUAUAUCAAUCCAGAUGAUACAAACACUAAUAUAACUGUCAAUGUGACAUUCCGAUCCAUUUUAAUGCACAAAAAACCGUUAUAUUUUGUGGCUUUUUACGGUGAUGCUGAACCGUUUGAUCGAGAAAUUGAUGUAGAAUUACUUGGUGUUAAUAUGCGCCGUAUUUUGGGUAAUGCGACAAACUGUCCGAAGCUUAAUCAUAAUGGAACGUGUGCGGUGAAAUUAAACCUAGUAAAUGCAUCGAUAAUAAUAACAAAUUUGCGAAUGAAUAAGUUGUACGGUGUGACAAUAUGCGCCAUUAUUGAUCCUUAUAAUUUGACAUAUCCGGAAGUAAGCGGUGUUGCAUUGGGUAUGAAGUCAAAAGCCAACAGAAUAUUCAUUAACUCUGCAGCAUUUAAGAAACAUCGUCCAGGAUUGUUAACGGGACUUAUUGCUGGAAGUAUAGCAACUCUUUUGUUACUUCUUGUUGGUACAUUUAUUUGGAUUCAACGAAAGCAAAAUGCCAAAAUCAAAAUGCAUCAGUUAAAGCUCGAACAAAUGAAGCUCAGCAACGAAUUAAGAUAUACUGAUUUACCAAAAAAACAGGAUAUUUGGGAGUUGGAACGCCGAAAUCUCAUCAUAUAUGAUGAUCAAAAGCUUGGUUCGGGUGCAUUUGGAGCCGUUUACAAAGGCCGAUUGAUUGGUAUUGCGAAAGGUAACAAGAAUGCUCAAUCUGCUUUGGGUAUUAACCUGAUGAGAGCCGAAAAUUGUGAUGUCGCCGUGAAAAAGUUGUUAGAAUAUGCUGAUCAAUUAUCGAAAAGCGAAUUCCUCAAUGAAAUUUCAUUAAUGAAAACAUUAGGUUAUCAUGAACGAUUGGUCAAUAUGUUGGCAUGUAUUACAGAGACAGAACCUUAUUGCUUAAUUGUUGAGUACUGUUCAGAUGGUGAUCUGUUACAUUUCUUAAGGAAACGGUGUGCUUAUAUGAUGAAGCUCACUGAAAUGGGUAUCGAUUACGAUGGACCGAAUUUGAAUGAAAAAUAA